AGCGUCUGACGUAGAGGAGGGUGACGUGAUGACAUAAGGCGACGAAGUGCGCAUGCGGGUCUGGCUCUGGGAAGGUUGGAGGGAGACACAGCUCCCCACAGGCAGCUACACGUCUGGAAUGAUGACGACCGAUAUGGUUGACAACCACCGGGAGAGCUGGGAUUCUCUCAUCUGUGCUGUGGAGAAGUACCGCAAACAGACGGGCAACGAUGUGGUCCUUCUCACGGCAUACCGGCCCAAGCUGCAGUCAAACCUUGCCUACGCAGUCCAUGGGACAGGGGCCCUCUCAGAAGCCACAAAGCAGUACUUGGACGACAUUGCAGUUUUCCACAAGACCUCCGCUUAUACCAACAGUGUGAUCCCAGUGCCCAACAGCGAGAAAGCCUCCGGGCAGGACGAGCGUUCUUCUGAGGCCUUCUCCAAGAGCUACCCGUCCAUUUAUGGUGAGGGUGACUUUACAACUGACGAUCAGGGUCUGGCCAAUCCAGGACCAAUGACCGAGCGUGGCCCUGAGACGUCAGAAACCGAGGAGAGGACGGCCUCUGUAUCAGAGAGAGAAGCGGACAGAUGUAGCUUAAAUGAUACUUCAGCCAUGUUCACAAUGGAUGAGGAAUCAACCAGUCAGGACUGUGAGCCCUUCUUUGAAUCUGACCUUGAUGGAGAAAGCACAGAUGAUGGCAGUUUGAGCGAGGAACUCCCUGCCCGUUCUCAAACAUUGCCCCAAGCAAGGCAUCACCAAUAUGCCAAGUCCCUGCCCGUGUCUGUCCCCAUCUGGGGAUUCAAAGAUCUGAAGCCAAAGAAGUUCGCUGAUGGGGACAAUGAAGAAAGGUUGCCUUCACCAGAUUUGGACAAGAUUGCUGCUAGCAUGAGGGCCUUGGCCAUGAGUGUGACAGACGGCACUGAGAUGUUUGGUGACCUCCCCCGUCCCCGACUCAACACCGGUGACUUUCAGAAACCCUACCGGAAGUACUAAAGCACUUUUCAAUGCCACCACAUGUUCCACCCUUCCCUCCCCUUCCUUUCUCCCUCCGUUCUACCCCUUAUCCUGCCAAGCGCAACACUACAGGAACCCUUCCCGCAAGGAAAGUUGUUAACUGGCCCAGAGCUAUGCCACGGGCCAGCCGCUUCAUGUAGCAUUAAGGUUACGUGUAACAAAAGACUGGCUAAGAAGUUGAUUCAGUAACUUUUCAAAGAUGAAGAAAGCAAGAAACUUUAUAGUAUAUUUUUCUGGCAAAACAGUGUGUAGCAGAGUGCCCAAGAAUCCACUUUUAAUGUUCCAACUUGUCCUUGUGUCUUUCUCCUCCUCCCAGCAUGCUCUGUGAUUUUUUUUUUGAAACCAGCUAACUGAGCCCUUUAAUUAUAUUCAGACAAGAAGACUCUCAACAGCACGGUGUCUCUCUCUCUCUCUCUCUCUCUCUCCCUCUCUCUGGCUGGCUUGCUGUCUCUCUCUCUGUCUAAACUGCAGAUACCAAUACGAUCUAUUUGAAUGGCCAGUCCCACCAAGACAGGUGGUGCCAAUUCAUGCUGUGUUUAUAAACAAUUCGUCUUGUUUGGGAUUGUUGUCAACAAUCCUAGUCCUUCUCCCCACCCCUCCAAAACAAAACCCUCAUGGAAUACCAUUUGAAGACAGCAGCUCCUUUCCCUGCAUUCCGUGAGAGAUGUGGGCACCGUUUCGGUUUAGAGCUGGCACUGAUUGAUUUUUACAAAACAAGAUAAUUUCCACAAGAGAUGUCUGAAUCUGGUGUCUUGGUCACUUCCCUGUGUAAUACCUCUGCUUUGUUUUAAUCUUGUUUUCUUAAAAAAAAAAGCGUGAGCCAAUAAUUUUUAUUGCAAAUCAGUACAAAGGGACUAUCAGAUGUCAUUUUAGAGUGAGGUUGACCUUUUGCUUAUUACAAGGCAAAUCUGGUUCAGCAUGCCCAAAUUUGCUAAGAUUCUUUAUGCUGCAGGACUUCUAGGUAUUUGAAUGUGUUUAUUCAAGUAAUUGGGCUAAUAAGAUGCUACGAUAGACAGCAAAUGGUCUGGUCUGCUCACUCCACAUUCCCUAACUAACAAGCCCUAUGGGCAUAUACAGUACAGUGGAGGUUGCAGUGCCCAUUACAUAGCUGCAGUACUGCAUCCUGGCACAGGCUGUCUGUUUCACAGAUGACUGAGCAGGGGAGCCACUGGUAAUGUCCUGAGUAAUUAAGCUACCUGUUAAGUUUGCACGCACUCUGAAGUGAGCGUGUCACAGUAUUGGGUCUGAAUGGUUUGGCAUUGUUUGGAAACUGGAAAGUGCGAUGGCUUCUAACCAGUGUUUUAUCUUUCACGUGAGCAGGUACAUGGUAUCCCCGAGCGACACUCUCCUGAGUACGUUUGUUCAAAAACGGGUUCGCUUCUUGAUGCCCCACACUAGCUACCACUCAGCAUGUGGCGGUGAACUUAAACUUGUUUACAGUGCUCCUUUCGCUUGUGUCGCCUUAGGAACCAAAUGCUGCUUGGUGUUGACUUUUCAGAAUCGCCCAUCCCCACUCGCCCCUUCUGUCAUUGUCGCCUUCCCUGAAAGUAUUGUGCUGAGGAUUGACUUGCAAUCAGUGCAAAUAUCGGAGUUGAUUUUUCCUUUUUCAAGUUGGUUUUGUUGCCUGACAACACACUCUGGCUUUUAUUUCUUCCUUCCCAGCUCUACCCACGAACCCACCCACACUUGCCUGUAGAUCCGAUUUGGAAGUCAGUAUGUUUUUUGCCCACCCCCCUUUCAUUACAGAAGUGUUGUAAUGCUUCCUUUGAACUGCUUUUUGUAAUUGGUGAAACUUGUCUAAGGCAAGGCAGCUGCUACCUCCCUAAAGACACCCAAUGUGCCUUGGAGAUUUAAGGUUAGAUUUGUUUUCACUGCCUGCUUCUGCAGAGUCCCCUUGCUUAGUUCUACUGACAUUUGCCCCAGGGUUCUUAAACUUGCAAAACUAGAGCACUGUUAGCUGUCCCUGAGAGUCAUUUGGAUAAUACGAAGCUGCUUGAAGAUUGAAUGCUUCUUCCUUUCUUUUUAAACAGUGAUUCUUCUGAGACAGAGGAAUGAUUUCUUUGGAGAUCAGAUUCCAUCAAAUGCUCUUGACAAGAUAUAUUUGCGCUUGGUUUGCUCUGGGUUGGAACCAAAGAAUGUGGUGAAGCUGAGUCUUCAAGAUCAGCAGCUUCUGGUCAGAACUAUUGAGAGUGAAACUCCCUCCCACUGCCUAUCUAAGAUGGGCCUUUGGUGAAUUAGUUUUUAUGUCACAGUGGGAAUUGGAAUGGGUAUACGGUGGGGCUCCACUGUGCCAGCUUGUUGUGUAGCCAAGCUGUCAGUCAUUAAUCCCUGCCAUCGCCAUCCCUUGUUCCCCACCAAGCAGGAUCUCCUUUAGACUGUUUAUUGUUAUGAGCAGUUGUUACUAAGCUUGAAUGUAAUUCUGGUAUACUUGAACACUACCAUGUAGAUGACUGAAAACUCCUGUGACUGACCCUAACCUUGGCGCUUAAUAUCCCAGUUCAAUCCUCUGCCAUGGAGAGGAAAAAAAAUCCCAGAAACAAAUGUCUCCCUAUAAGGACAAUGCUUCAACAUGCUAUCCAGGAUUUCCGAUUUUUGAGCGCUCUUUGGAACUGCGGGGGUGACCCAGCCACAUUGUCAACACAACCCAUCAGUGUUCAAGUUGGAGGGUGUGCACUUCUUCUGUAUAAUAGUGUCCCAAUUCCAAUGCUUUUGUUUUAAUUGCAUUCCCAGCUCCUCGUUUUUGGCCACUUCAGAGUAGCGGGCAUGGCUAAUCCACUUUGUCCAUCUCUAUUUUUUUAAACCCCUGUGUCUCCUACCCUCCCCUUGAAUUAGGGGCAACAUGGUGUCACCCUUCCCUACUACAGCUGCUCAGCAAGUGUUGUGUGACACGCCAACCCUCGUACUUCCUCUGAGAUGUCUGGAUUUUCAAAUUCCCUUUUAGUUCACUAGCACAUCCCUUAGCCUGAUUUGAGACGUGUAUCACAUGUACACCUAUUGCAUGGAAGAACCUUUUCUACAGCGCUCCUGUAAUGGUGCAUUCCACAGUUGGGAUGUCAUUACUGGGUUAACCCUCCCUUUGCUGGAAUUGGUCAUGCUAACCUCUGCCAUCUUGCAAUGUUUUGUAUGUGGCUUUGGGCAUCUGGACUGUCUUGAAUUUUCCAUUCGGGAAACACCCAAUCAGAGUUGCUAAUUCAGCAUCUGAGAGCAGAGUGUAGAAUCUAACAACUGGGAAAUUUCUGACCAUUUUCAGCUUACAAGUAGUUAUUGAGUGCCCUUCCCUCAAGGAGCCAAGGCUGCAUUGAUGCAGGUCUGCGUGGUGUUGGAUUGAGUCUUGGUAGGAAAUCUAGAGCUCUGGCCUGAACAUCCAGGACAUCUUCAUUUCAAGUAUCAAAUUAACUGCAACUCCAAUCCAACUUAGCAGAGUAAACUGGUUCCUGAUUUCAAUAUUGUUGUGCUUAGUCUAGUCCCUUGUAGUUGGACCUCUGACUGUUAAUUACUCUGCAUAAUUAUCCCUGGAGUCCCUGCUCUAGAAUCCCAGAUCCCUCCGCAUUGCUUAUUUUUUUUAAACACUAACUAGUUGCAUCAGCAUGGGUAACGUCUUUGAAAAGAGUUUGGAUGCCUUUGGUGGGAAGUAGCCUGCCCCCCCCCCCCCCCGAAAGAUAGGUAAUGCCCUACCAUGUUGAGUAGCUCCCUGCUAAUCUGAGGUUUAUGCUGAAAUCUUCCACCAGUGGUUCUUCCUAAAUAUGUGGGAGAACUCGUACAAUGUUAUCAGCAGCUCUCCUUUGCAUUCAACUUGAUGCAAGUCUGGGUUUUAAUGGACAGGAGGAGGCAGUGUCAUUUCUGCUGGGUGCAGCUGGCCCGGGCGUAAUGAUUUGGGACAGGCUUUUUGAAAAGGCUGCCUUCUUGCAGAGGUGGCCUGUGUUUUAACCCAGUUUUAAAUGGAAUUGAAUACAUGAUACGAGGCAGAAAUUGUGCAAUGUCUGAUUGAUCUGCUAUCUCUUUCUGUUGGGUGUUUCUCAAUGCUGGCGACCCCUCCCCUUUCCACACUGUGACCUUGAACCUUUAAGGGGCAGGAGGGGAAACUAGAAAUCUUAAAAUUUGGCCUGUUGCUUUGCUCAACUUGCUGCCAGACUCUGGUCAAGAUGGACUUUCCAUCAAAGUUUAAUUUGUUGCUGGGAAUGAGGAUGAUAGGAAGCUGGAAAAGGGUGAUCAUAUUUGUGCUGUUGCCAGUAUAAUUGAAUCCCUAUAAUUAGUGGAAUGGUUUUUGUUUUAAUGUGGGGAAAAUAGAUACGCUGCAUUAUGUAGUAAAAGUUGGCUUCAGUUGUGAUAUCACUGGAUUAACGAGCUGUUGCUCAUUAUGUUGCAGGUUUGUUUAAAAAACAUUAAAUGUGGCUUCAGAAAGCUACAAAUGGAGGUUGUCUGCCCUGGGCUAUUAAUCUAGACAGUUAAUGUGUACAUCUGUUGCUGCCUAUCUGCAUUUCUAGCACUUUGUUUCAUUUUAAACUGCCCAACUUUAUUUUUCUUCAGUAUGGUAUUUCUGGCAUGUGUUAAGGUGAGCGAGGAUAUGUGCAGUAUUUGAAGCUCUGUACACAAUCUGUGUUCAGAUUAUAUCUCUCCCCCAGCAGCAUCUGGAGGGCUCUUGCAAGUGUAAGAAUGUUACUAUGUGAGCCACUGCUUAUUGACAUGGACUAGACUCCUAUUUCUGGUUAUAAUUUCACUUUAUCUGACUCCAACUACCUGACCAAGGCACUUCAUUCUUUCAGAGCGAGGAAAGAAAACUGACAUUGAUUUAAUCUUUUUUGAGAGACUGCAGAUAAUGCAUCAGUUUCUGUUCAUGGUAUGGGUACUUGGUAUGAGAGAGAGAGAGAGAGCGAGCAUGCAUGGAAUGAGCUGUGUUUUUGGGAUAUCUGAAUUUUCAGAAUAUUUUGAGCAACCACGUUGCAUUUUGGGAUGUUUAACAAACUUGUAGGACAAUCACUGCUGGAGAUGUGAACAAAAUGAUGAGAAACUGACUAAAGGAUACAACUAUUCUCACUUUCUAAGAAUAAAGUCGAGUUGUUAUUACAAA